AUGUCCUCCAAUAGCCGGGGUACCAAUGAACCCUUUCAGCAGCCAAAUCAACAACAUCAAAACCAUCAUAACCAAUACCAAAGAAUAUCGUUGAGUAGGACAAAGAGUCUGUCUAAUGCUAACAGAAGCACCAAAAACUCAAUACCAGAAAACUUAGGUCCAUUGUACUCUGAUCAUAAUGAACAUGACAACGAUGAAGCUUUGGCAUCGUUGAACGCCCCCUUACACUCCACAUUAUCCAUGGAAAGCAUAGACAGAACAAGUUCAUCGUCACCUUCAAGAGGUCUUUUUGAAUCAAAUUAUUUGAAUCCUUCCAUGAUCCCUGGUAACUUACAUUCUUCAUCAAACAAAUCCAUUGAACAUUUGGUAAAAAGAUAUGGAGCGGUAAGCUUAGUUCGACAACUUGCAACUGAUCUAGCUCAAAGAGAAGCUGAAAUAUCGUUAAUAAGGAAACAAAAUUCCACGAGAGAAAACUCUUUGAUCAAAUUAUUGAACGAAAUGGGAUUAUCAACAAGUGAAGUGGAAUUGAUUUUGAAAGAUAGAAUGGAAAAAAGUUCAGUUAACAGUGUUGAUAUCAAUGAUACAUAUUUUCUCAAAGACUUGAUUAAUGACGCAAUGAAUGAACAUUUCGACGAUGUACCACAAUUGAGAGCAUCUUCAUCGGCAUCCAUUGCUUCAAAUACAUUGACUAGGACCCCAAAUAGAGGUACAACUGAUAACUCCACAAAGAAAGAACCACAAGAGAAAGCAAAUAAAACAAGACCACAUUCAUUCUCAUCACCACCUAUACCAUCAUCGAAUGAACUGAGAAAUAACACAUCAAGUGCUUCAAUAUCAUCCCAAAUUCAAUCAAACUCAAUAUUGAACGUUGUUUCCCAUAGAUUUUUGAAUCAUGUUCCUCAGCCAGUUCAUGAUGUUAUUAUAAACAAUAGUACAAACAAUAAAAAACUAGUGCCCAUGGAAAUGGAAAACUUCGAUCCCACUGAUGUUAAACCUCCAACUUAUCAAACUCAUACAGAAGAUGAUAGAGGAUAUAUAGAUAAAUUUGGAUUCAUAUAUGAUCGAAAAUCUAAAAAGGCAGAUCCACCUUCCAAACUGGAGACCUCUACUAAAAGCCCAAUUGAUAAAUCAUUCACUUCAAGAUUAUUAGAAAUUGCGAGUGAUUAUGAUAAGUCACAAGAUCAAAAUAACAGACAAUGGGAUGAAUUCAUUAAGAAAAUCUCUUUGUUGAGUAAUGAUAAUAAUACUGGUGAUUUAUUGGCAAUUAAUGGAGAGAAUUUAUCAAAGUUUAAACAUCUACAUAAAGAAUUUUCAAAACUUGUUUCAAAUGGGAUCCCAAUGAAAUAUAGGGCCAAAAUAUGGUCUGAAUUAACAGGAUCUGAAAAUUUAAUGACCCCCUCAGAAUAUUAUAAGCUUGUUCAUGAAUCAAAAUCAAAUGAAGAAGCAGAAUCCCAAAUCGAAUUAGAUCUCUAUAGAACUAUGCCUUUCAACAUUUUCUUCAAAGAUAAUGGACCUGGAUUGAAAAAAUUGAAAAACAUAUUGAUUGCUUAUAGUAGAAAAUUUCCAAAUAUAGGUUAUUGUCAAGGUAUGAAUUUUAUUGCUGCUAAUAUUCUUUUGGUCUUUUCAAAUGAAGAAGAUGCUUUUUGGGCAUUUGUUGGACUGGUUGAUAAUAUAUUACCAUCUGAUUUUUUCAAUUUGGUUAAUGUUAAAAAUGAUUUGGCAUUAUUCAGAAAUAUAUUUGUGGAGAAUUUACCAAGGUUGAGUGAUCAUUUGACCAAUAUAGAUGUGGAAAUUGAACCUAUAUGUUUCAAUUGGUUUAUUUCAUUAUUCAGUGAUAGUUUACCCAUACAUAUUGUCUUUAGAAUCUGGGAUGUUAUGAUGUUAAAUGGAUACACUGAAAUGUUCAAGAUUUCAGUUGCAUUAUUCAAGGUUUUUGAAAAGAAUUUAUUGAAUUUAAAAAGUAAUGUCGAAGUUUACGAAUUUAUGAAAAACUUAAAUACAACAAAUAUCAACUUGAAAGGGUCUGAACUAAUUAAAGUUAGCUCCUCGAUAUCUACAUUAUCAGCACCUUCAUUGAAAAACAAAAAAAUAAAUGGUCAUUAA